AAAAUUGUAAUGUUUGAAGCUUUGUUUAGAAAAAAGAAUAGUCAUUAGGAAAAAAGAAAAAGAGAAAAGGAGUGUAACAUUACAGAAAAAGAAGAAAAAAAAGAGAGAGAACAUUACGUCUACGAGAAAGUUAUUAUAGAGAAUAUAUAAAAAGAAAAAUUCAAAUUCUUAGGCUUUAAUCAUUCUUUUCUGCAGAUCCUCUUUGCUAUUGUAGGAUUUGUUAAGCGUGCGCAAAAGGAAUUAGCUUGAGGUAUUCAGAGCAAUGCACAACAUAAAGUGAAAGGUUCACGUUAAGCACUUGGAGAACUUUUAGAAGACAAGUUAUUUGCUCCUUGAAUUCCAUUUCUCAAUUUCUGGAAUUUUAUAUUAUUAACCCCUUUGCCGAAUGAUUACCGCUCAUGCCUGUUGGGAGUGGUCAUGAAUCUAGAACAAUAGCUUUGUGCAUGGAAUUAGGUGAUCCGAAUGCAAAUGUGUUAUAAGAGGCAUGAGUUGUUCUGAAGGCUAAUUUUUUAAACACUUGGAUGGGUGCUCCUAAACAGAAGUGGACUCCAGAAGAAGAAGCUGCUCUUAAAGCUGGGGUCCGUAAGCAUGGACCAGGCAAAUGGCGAACGAUCCUAAAGGACCCAGAAUUUAGCGGAGUGUUGCGCUUGCGUUCAAAUGUAGAUCUAAAGGACAAGUGGAGGAACAUGAGUGUGAUGGCAAAUGGCUGGGGUUCUAGAGAGAAAGCAAGGCUGGCUCUCAAAAGAAUGAAUCAAACUCGUAAACAGGAUGAGUCUUUAGUUGUUACCAUUGAGUCUCAAAGUGAUGAGGAAAUUGUUGAAGCAAGGCUGGCGACUACUUCUAGUGGUUCUCCACAGAUUGGUGGGUCAAAAAGAUCUAUCAUAAGGUUGGAUAAUCUUAUAAUGGAGGCUAUAAGCAACUUGAAGGAGCCAGGUGGUUCCAACAAGACUACUAUAGCUACAUACAUAGAGGAUCAAUACUGGGCACCUCCAAACUUUAAAAGGCUACUUUCGGCGAAACUGAAGUAUUUAACUGCAACUGGGAGACUUAUCAAGAUAUUUUUUUUGCAGGUGAAGCGGAAGUAUAGAAUAGCACUGAUGUCAGCAUUAUCUGAUAGAAGAAGAAUGCCUUCCAUUCCUCUCUUGGAAAGCGCGCAGAGGAUCUCGAAUAGGGUUGAUCGGGAUGAUAUGAACAUGCGCACUACUAAGGCUCAAGUAGAUUUAGAGUUAGCUACGAUGAGGAGUAUGACACUUCAAGAGGCAGCAGCAGCUGCUGCACAAGCUGUCGCAGAAGCAGAAGCAGCCAUCGAAGAAGCUGAGGAGGCUGCUAGAGUGGCUGAGGCUGCUGAGGCUGAAGCCGAAGCUGCACAAGCCUUUGCAAAAGCUGCAAUGAGAACACUACAAGGGAGAAGCAUUCCAAGGAUGAUGAUACAUGCUUGAUGGAUCUUCCAGAGUUGAAGCUCGAUAUUUUGCUGGAUUCUCUUCCAGUUUCUUAUUUUUCAAAUCGUAGCCAACUCGCUUGUUGGCUUGUAAAUAUGGUAAAAAAAAAUUGUGGAAAUGUAUAAUCCAGUGUUAGUGAUAGUAAAGCCUUUCGAAAAUGUAG